GGAAUACCCAAUUGCUUUCCCACUAUGGAUGCCAAGGUGAAGGAGCAGUAUCUCGCGGAUUCUCCCCCGACGGUGGUCAGGCUAGAAAUCAAGCAACACUUCGAUGCAUUGAAAGAUGAGAAAUUGAAACGAUAUGCCCAUUUCGUCAGCAGAGCUGCGUUUUUAGGAACCAGGAUUACCCUUCGUCAAGUUUCUCCAGAAUCUGAGCCAAUCUACGAUCUUAUUAUGUCUCUCUACCGCGCCUGCAAUGGCGACUGGAAAUCCCUUGGCGAGAAAACCGGCGUCAGCCAGGACGAGACACAGCACUUUCUAGAGUAUGCAGCUCAGUUCUUGGGAAACUGCGGCAAUUAUAAGGGCUUUGGAGAUUCAAAAUUUAUCCCUAGAGUACCGGAGAACGUACUCAGACAGCUGGCAUCCGUCACGGAAGAAUCAAAGACCGCGUUUGAGGCGGCGUCGCAAACCGCCGGUGGCAUAUACGAAACUUCGUCUCCUCCGCUAAUGCACCUGGGAUACCCGGAGGACGGGCAUAUGACGACGUAUUAUCCAGAUUCUGCCACGAUUACGAAAGAAGAAAUAACGUUGGUGGGCGAUUUCUUGGAGAAGAAGAAACUUCUGCUUGAAAAUACUAGACUGAGAAAGACGAAAAACGGUGACUUCGAGCUUCUCAUCGCUUCGGCGCAAAAGAAUCCCGCGGGAAAUGAUAGAGAUGUGGGUGAUAUAAAUGGAUGGUCUCUGGAAGGGAAACUUCAGGGGAAACGACUUACUCUCGUCUAUGGGGACUACUCGGAACAAAUGGCUAGAAUUUCAGAAAAUGCCAGGCAAGCUUGUUUGAAUGCAGCAAAUGAAAUCCAAAGGAACAUGUACGAUGAAUACGUUAAAUCGUUUGAAACGGGAUCGCUUGAAGCCUACAAGGAGAGCCAGCGAUACUGGAUCAAAGAUAAAGGGCCAAUGGUAGAGUCAGACCUAGGAUUUGUUGAAACGUAUCGUGAUCCUCAUGGUGUUCGCGGGGAGUGGGAAGGAUUUGCCGCUAUGGUAAAUCAAGAACGCACAAAAGCGUUUGGCAAACUGGUUUCAAAAGCUGAGUCUUUUAUUCCAAAGCUACCAUGGAGCAAAGACUUCGAGAAAGACAAAUUUCACAGCCCUGAUUUCACUUCAUUGGAAGUUUUGACAUUCGCUGGAAGUGGCAUUCCUGCUGGAAUCAAUAUUCCGAAUUAUGAUGACAUUCGGCAGAACUUAGGAUUUAAAAAUGUUUCCCUUGGCAACGUUUUGAGCGCAAAGGCUCCGAAUGAACCUAUUCCAUUUAUUCGUGAGCAAGAUUUGGAACUUUUCCGGAAAUAUAGAGACCCUGCCUUUGAAGUCCAGGUCGGUAUUCACGAACUGUUGGGACACGGCACCGGGAAACUAUUGCAAGAGACUGCCCCGGGUGAAUUCAACUUUGACGUUUCCAAACCACCUGUCAGUCCAAUUACAAACAAACCCAUCACUACUUGGUACAAGCCUGGACAGACAUGGAGCUCAGUUUUUGGGUCCAUUGCUUCGUCAUAUGAGGAGUGCCGUGCAGAAUGUGUUGCCAUGGCCCUCGGAUGCGAUUUUGGUAUUCUGGAACUUUUUGGGUUCGGAAAUGGCGAUGAGGACCUUGAAGGCGAGGCAGGAAACGUGCUCUAUGCAAGCUAUUUAACGAUGGCCCGUGCUGGUAUCACCGCCUUGGAAUUCUGGGAUCCGAAGAGUCAAAAAUGGGGGCAAGCACACAUGCAAGCCCGAUAUAGCAUCCUUCGCACGUUCCUCGACGCUGGGGGCGAUUUUGUCCAACUGAAGCACAGCCAGGAUGAUCUGUCGGACCUUGAAAUCCACCUAGAUAGAUCUAAGAUUUUGACCCAUGGACGCCCGGCUGUUGAAAAAUACCUGCAGAAGUUACACGUCUACAAGGCUACUGCAGACGUUGAAGAAGGGAAGAGAUUAUAUGACGGUAUCACACACGUGGAUGAAUGGUGGAGCCAAAAAGUGCGACCCGUUGUGCUGCAGAAGAAGAUUCCACGCAAAGUGUUCGUGCAGGCAAACACCGUGCUGGAAGGGGACAGGGUGAUUCUCAAGGAGUACGAGCCAACCCUGGAGGGCAUGAUUCAGAGUUAUGCUGAGCGCGACGUGUAAAUAUUCCAUACAUCCAUCUGCUCUUUGUCGGUAAAGACAAAAUCCACUCUCCGUCAUGCUCGGAUCGUUCCUAUAGCAGAACAUCUUGAAAGUCGCUGGUCCACUUCCUAGCUAAGAUCCAUUGCUUGGCUUAUUAUGAAGCGCAAAUAUACGUAUCUUUUUUCUCCUCGCUGCAGUUACUUCCAUAUUUUUCGAAUGUAUAUAGAGCUUAGCUAAAGAGCAUCAACCGAAC